GGCACGACUGCUUCCCAGGCGCAGCGGAGCCGUCACUGCGGCAAACGCGCGCCCCUGCCCGCGCCCGCGCGCCUGCUGCAGUCCGCGCACCGAGCUUGCACCGAGCGCCGCAGCACGAACCGGGCCGGCUGCAGGAGAGAGGCGGGAGUUCCGCAGGCGUCCCGCGCCCCACCCGGCAGCCCCGUGGCUGGAGCUGCGCUGGGGAGAGGGGAUAACAGGCAGCCCUCUUUGGGGGAGGUGAGACGCAGAGGCCUGAGGGUUUGUAGGUCAAGAGGCAACUGCCAUUCAAAGAUAGUAAGUGAUUAUUUCCAAGACUGCAAGCAUCAGAGAAGUAGUGACAGAAAACUGAAAUUACCUUAAAUGACUGACAAUGCUCUCCGGCUGCGCCCGGAAGUUGUGGCUGCCACGAGAAAGGUAACUGUUUUUCAUCCCUCUGAGGGGGACAGGACGCCUCUGGCAGCCCGCAUUGGCUGGCAAUAGACAUGGCCGAACUCGGGAGCUCCAAGGACACUGCUUCGAGCCGCCACCUGCGGUUUAAGCUGCAGAGUCUGAGCCGCCGUCUCGACGAGUUGGAGGAAGCCACCAAAAACCUGCAGAAGGCGGAGGAUGAGCUCCUGGACCUGCAGGACAAGGUGAUCCAGGCCGAGGGCAGCAACUCGAGCAUGCUGGCUGAGAUCGAGGUGCUGAGGCGGCGCGUGCUCAAGAUCGAAGGCAAAGAUGAGGAGAUCAAGAAGGCCGAGGACCUGUGCCAGCUGAUGAAGGAGAAGCUUGCCGAGGAGGAGAACCUGACGCGGGAGCUAAAAUCCGAGAUUGAACGGCUGCAGAAGCGAAUGGCGGAACUGGAGAAGCUGGAGGAGGCCUUCGGCAGGAGCAAGAGCGACUGCACCCAGCUCUGUCUGAGCCUCAACGAGGAGAGGAACCUCACCAAGAAGAUCUCCUCCGAGCUGGAGCUGCUCAGGGUCAGAGUGAAGGAACUGGAAUCUUCCGAGGAUCGCCUGGAUAAAACCGAGCAGAAUUUAGCGUCCGAGUUGGAAAAGCUGAAGUCCUUGACUCUGAACUUUGUAAGUGAGAGGAAAUACCUUAGUGAAAAGGAGAAAGAAAACGAGAAACUUAUCAAAGAGCUCACUCAGAAACUGGAGCAGAACAAGAAGGUGAACCGAGAGUAUGCAAGGAACGCUUCCAACCUCCUGGAACGGAACGACCUGCGCAUUGAGGACGGGAUGCCCUGCACGCUGCCCACCAAGGAGUCGAGGAGGAAGGGCGCGCUGGACUACCUGAAGCAGGUGGAGGACGACGCGAGGAACGAACAGAACCGCAACCAGGAGGACAACAAGGUGCAGGACCUCAACCAAGAGAUCGAGCGGCUGAAGACGCAGAUCAGACACUUCGAGGCUCUGGAAGAAGAGCUGAAGAAGAUGCGGGCCAAGAACAGCGACCUGCAGGACAGCUACCUGAGUGAGCAGAAGAAAAACAAGCUGCUAGCCAGCCAGCUGGAGGAGAUCCGCGUGCAGAUCAAGAGGCAGAAGGAGUUGGAGAACGGGGAGCUGGAAGGUGAGGACUCUUUCCUGGCCGGCAAGGGCAGGCACGAGAGGACUAAGUUUCGGGGCCCCGGGGGCGAAGCGCCUGGUGCCAGGCACCCGGCCCGGGAACUGUCACCUCAGCACAAGCGAGAAAGGCUCCGCAACAAGGACCUGGCAGUCCACAGUGACAACUCCCCGCUGACCAACAGGCAGGUCUCCUCUCCCAGCUUCACCCACAGGAGGGUAGCCAAGGCGUCCGGCGUCGGGGCAGGGGCAGACGGAGGCGCUCAGGAGGCCAAGAGGACCGAGGACCGAGCCGGGCCGGCACCCUCUCACCAGGAAGGUAGGAAGGCCAGGGAGCAGCCGUCCGUGCUGAGCCGCUACCCGCCGGCUGCUCAGGAGCACAGUAAGGCGUGGAAGGGGCCUCCCAGGCCGGGCCCUGAGAGUGGGCUCAAGGGCAAGGUCGAGAAGACCACCCGCACGUUCAGCGACACCACCCACGCGCCCGGUGCCAGCGAUGCAGUGGGGAGAGCUGACAGGGCGGUGGAUCUGCCCUCCGAGGUUGUCCUCAAGAGGGGAAAGGGGUCCGGCAGCGGAGGCCAGCCAGCCCUGGCUGCAGACUCGGCCUCAUCCAAGGCCCCAGGAGGCCUGGCCUCAUCUCGGAGGCCCUCCUCCGAAGGGCUCGCCAAGGGCAGGAAAGCUGCCAAUGGCCUGGAGGCUGAGGCUGCUGCGCCCAAUCCCAAGGCUCCUGUUUUAUCCAAGUAUCCCUACAGCUCCCGGAGCCAGGAGAAGGUGGGCCAGGGCUUUUCCACACCCAAGGAAGCGCUCCAGGAGGAGCCCAUAGCGGUCGUUCUGGAGGACAGCACGCAGCACGAGGCGCUCAGGUGUCGUGUCAUCAAGCCUGGCGGCCGAGAGAAGGCCGACUCAGAUGAGGACUUGGACACGGCCUCUCUGGUGACUGCCAAGUUGGUGACCACCACCGUCACCCCAGAGUUGGAGCCCAGGGCGCACGCGAACGUUCGAGAAAAGGCCAGGCACCGAGGGGCACCUCGGACGGCCCUGUUUGAGAAUGAGAAAGAGGCCGGGACAGAAAGUGAAUCGGGCAAAACCGUGCGAGCGUCCGCCCACGCCAUGGAGCCCCCCAGCGCCAACGGGGCGGAGGUCAGGAGCCAGCGGCCCUGCAGCCCCCGGGAGGCCCUGCGCUCCCGAGCCGUCAUCAAGCCCGUCAUCAUCGACAAGGACGUGAAGAAGGUCAUGGGCGGAGCGGGCGCCGAGGCCCCCGGGGAGAAGCCGAGGUCUGCCUCCAAGCCCGCGUCCACCAAAGUGACAAGCAGCAUCACCAUCUACCCCUCCGACAGCGGCAGCCCCAGGGCGUCCCCGGGCGAGCGGCACACCGCCAGCAGCAACAUCCAGGUUGGGCCUCCCGACGGCGGCUCGCCCUUCGAGCUCUCCAUUAACAAACACGACAUCACACUGCAGUUCACGGAGGCCGAGGGGACUGGAGAGGGGCCCCCGAAGCAGCGGCCGGAAACCGUGGUCUCCCGCAUCCUCAUCAAGACCUCGGAGUCAGUGGACAGGAACAGCCACGCCGCGGGGACAGAGGUGCUCAGGUGGAAAGGCCAGAGUGGCCCCGGCGAGGACGGCGCCUCGGACGCCAGGCAUGUCACGGUGCGCAACGCCUGGAAGAGCAGGCGGGACUUGCAGUGCCUGGACGAGCCGCUGGCCCGAAUAGGCAAAGCCACGGAAGCCGCCAACGCCUACAGCCAGAGGUCGUCCACCGACUUCUCGGAACUGCAGCCGCCCAGGGCCGGCCUGUCGGAGCGCGCCCGGGACUCCGCGGAGCUCGCCUCCAGAAGGACCCAGAGCAGCCUGACGGCGGCCGAGGUGCUCUCACGGCAGACCCGGGCAGCAGAGGCGGCCUGGAACCACUCCUCGGGCACCGCCCAGGAGGAAGGUGAAGACAGCACGCUCGGUGUCUACAGACGGCCACCCAACGCCCUGGAACGGUCGGACCUGCCCGUGAAGCCAGAGCUCGGGCGAGUAUGGCCAAGCAGGCCCACUGCUGAGGAAAACUGA